CCACUUCACCCUCUCACUCACAAACCCAAAACAAAAACCCUAACAACACCACCCACUUCUCUGAUCACACUCAAACCUCCACAACAAUGGCGUCAAUGGCGAUCUUCACUCGCAAAAUCCGACCUUUUUCCAAAACCCUAACCCCCAAAUUCAUCACCACCUCCACCUUCCUCUCUCAAAACCCCCAAUUAGCCGAUCAACCACCGUCUCCGACCACCACCACCACGCCGCUACCACCUAACCCCGCCACCGGCAGCCCACUCUACAACGAGAACUGGCGAAACCCUAACCUUAACCCUAACAUCUCAUCAUCAGCAGCCUCACCGUCUCUAAUCCCACUAGGGUUUUCAAAUCACCCUUCGUCACGAAUCGAGGCGCUGUCGCAAACCCUAGAUGGUGACGCAAUGAUGAACGUGUUUGCGGACUGGAUGACGUCACAAAGGUGGGGUGAUAUAAAGCAGUUGUUUGAGUACUGGAUUAGAUCGUUGGAUGGAGAAGGGAGACCGAAUAAGCCUGAUGUGAGUUUGUAUAAUCAUUAUUUGAGGGCGAAUUUGAUGAUGGGAGCUUCUGCUGGUGAGUUGUUGGAUCUUGUUGCUCAAAUGGAGGAUUAUAGGAUUGAGGCGAAUACGGCGUCGUUUAAUUUGGUGCUUAAGGCGUUGUAUGAGGGGAGAGAGGCUGAAGCUGCUGUUAAGUUGAUUGAUAGGAUGAUCGAAACUGGAAAAGAAUCAAAGGCUGCUUUACCGGACGAAGAAUCUUACCACCUUGUUGUUCAGUUGCUGCUAUCUCAAAAUCAAAUCGAUGAUGCGUUAAAGUACAUCGAUUUAACGUUAAAAUCCGGUUACAUGUUGUCAGUUCAAGCGUUCACCGAAUGUGUCAGGAGCUGCGUUAACACAAAAAGGCUGGAUGCAUUAGUUUCGAUAAUCGAGAGAUGUAAGAAAAUGGAUCAAAACAAAGCCUUAUGUCCACCAUGGAACUUAUGCAAUUACAUCAUGGAAGUUGCAACGGACACCGAUAACAGUGAGCUGGCGUUUUACGGGCUCGAAUUUAUGGCAAAAUGGAUUGCUCGUGGAGAAAUCGCAAGGCCGCCCGUGUUACUUUCCGUAGAUGAAGGAUUAGUCGUAAACACGUUAACGACUGCUGGUCGAAAUUUUAACUCUAAGCUUUUAGAUGGCUCUUGGGCAAUCCUUAAACGAUCUUUACGUCAAAAAAAAGUCCCCAGCCCCGAAUCUUAUCUGGCAAAAAUAUUUGCGUAUUCUUCGUUCGGUAACUUGCAGAAAGCGUUCAGUACUUUGCACGAAUUUGAAAUAGCUUAUAAAGAUUCUCCGAAAGCAACUGAAGAAGAGUUGUUUUCUCCGUUUACGUCAUUGUAUCCGUUGGUUGUAGCAUGCUCCAAGAAUGGAUUUGCAACUUUGGAUAACGUUUAUUAUCAAUUGGAAAAUUUGAGCCGUGCAGAUCCUCCGUACAAAUCGGUUGCUGCGUUAAAUUGUGUUAUUUUAGGGUGUGCGAAUAUAUGGGAUGUUGAUCGAGCGUAUCAAACAUUUAGUGCGAUGGAAUCAAGUUUCGGAUUGACUCCCGAUAUCCAUUCGUAUAACGCUCUCUUGUGUGCUUUUGGGAAACUACAAAAGAGAGAUGAAGCGGUUAAAGUGUUUGAGCACUUGGUAAGUUUAGGCGUGAAGCCUAAUGCAAAAUCAUACGCGCUUCUAGUCGAUGCUCAUCUUAUCAAGCGAGAUCUACAAGCCUCACUCUCAACAAUUAACGACAUGGUUACUGCAGGAUUUGAACCAACAAAGGAGAUUCUGAAAAAAGUUCGUAGACGCUGUGUCAGAGAGAUGGAUUAUGAAAGUGAUGAUAAAGUGGACGCUUUCGCAAAAGAGUUUAAAAUCCGCAUGGGUGCCGAGAGUCGACGAGAUACAUUAUUUAACCUUCAAUUUAGUACCGAAUAUGCUUAAGAGGUGGUAGUUGUGCACAAGUGAGCUCUGAAUGCAUCUAUCGUGAUUUCAUGUGAUGGCGCUUGCGAAGUGUUUUUGCGAUUGGGCCAGCUGGUAAGAUCUUUAAACCGGUGUAAGUGACUUGGCUUAAUGUUCAGUUUGGUAGGCAUGACUAAUGAGGAUUAUUUAUAGGUUUUUUCUUGUAUUUCUUUGUGCUUAUCAAGUGGCACCAUACGUUCGAUUUUGUUUUGCAAAAUAAUUGUAGUGCGAUGCAGAUUUGAAUUAUUAGGGACCUUAGACAUGUUUUAUAGUGUCGUUGCUAUGAACCAUCGACGUGCGUGUGGCAUACUAUACAAGAAUUUAUUUAUUUUAAUAUGAAAGGAGUGUUGCACUUAAAAA